AUGGCACGGUCUCCAGAGUUGCAGACUACAGAUCCGUUCGGGCCAACACACAUUGUCGAAUCUGCGAUAGAGCACACACACACAGCAGUCAUCCUACAUGGACGAGGCAGCAACGGCCUAGAGUUUGCCCAAGAGCUUUUUGACGAAACCCUAUUCGUCGAUGGAACCAACCUGGCCCAGAAGCUUCCAAACUGGCGAUGGGUAUUUCCGACUUCGCGUGAACUCUGGAGUGAGAUGUUCCAGGAAGAUAUGCCAGCUUGGUUCGAGGCCUAUUCUUUGACGGAUACAACAGCGAAGCAGGAUCUGCAAAUACCAGGCAUAAAAGAGUCGACCGACUAUAUCAAAAGAAUCAUCGACGCAGAAAUUAAUAUCCUUGAUGGAGAAAGCAAUCGAGCGGUGUUGGGCGGAAUCAGUCAAGGAGGAGCGAUAGCGAUGUGGACUCUUCUUCGCCGCCGAACCGAAACACCACUGGGUGCGUUUUUCGGUACCAACACUUGGCUUCCUUUCGCUUUGAGUCUUCAGGAUUACUCGAAUCAGACCCCGAUGGCCGAGAAACAUGAGGGCACAACAUUCGUGAAUGAUAUACUCGGUCAGCCAACAUCACAGAACCCAGAUCUAUCUACCCCCAUCUUUCUUGGUCAUGGAACAGACGAUACUUAUGUCGAUGUGGAGCUGGGACGACAAGCUCGGGAUGCCCUCAGUCGCAUUGGCUAUUCAGUAAAGUGGAAGGAGUACCAAGGUGCGGAGUUGGAGGGCCAUUGGAUUAAGGCGCCUGAAGAGUUGGACGACUUGGUACACUUCUUUACAACAACGUUGAAACUUGACCAUGUUUAG